CUGAAACCACAACCACACCUCGAUUGCGUUUCAGUUUCACUUCCAGUUUCCGUUUGAGUUUUUAAUUUCCUCGUUAUUUGUUGUGCAAAUUGCUCGAACCACACACCCAAUAUUUGCAUAUCCAUAUACACAGGUUGUGAAACGAACACACACAAGAUAGCAAGUGUCCUGUAGGUAAACAUACAUAAAGGACCCUAAUUUUGAAUUUACUUGUUAACUGUUUAAACCGAACAAACUGUAUCUAUGUAAAUUGCCUCAUGAACCAAACUUGUCUAACGCGUCGCAUAAUUAAUUUUUUGUUUAACACACAACAGAAACUGCGUCCAAAUUAUGCGCAUUCAAAUCUGUUGGGAAUUAAAAAAACAUUCUUUUGGGUGAAAGGGAAACAUGAAAAAAUUUGAAUUUUAGCAACACACCUAUUCGAGCAAUUAGUCAAUAGAUGUUUCGUUAGUUAACCACAGCAAAAAAUUCUGCAUUACCCCGAUCCAUUCAAAAUCCUUUUCUGAACUCCAUCAUCUCCACUCAUUAAUAUAAGUGUGUGUGUAUCUAUGAAUUUGCGACUCCUUUUGUUUGCCCAGUAACUCUGAAGUAUUGUAUUAUUUUUGGAAUGUCCUAUUUACUUAGUUGCUUGUUAUCGUAGCAAUUCGAUCUGUACUGCUCUUCUAAUCUUCUAAUCUGUAACUAAAAACUGAUGCGAUGCUCGCGUCCGUCUGAAUAAAUUAACUAUCUUGCAUUGUUUAUUUCCAUUCGGAUUUAUGAAUUGUGUUUUUUUGGAUCAAACAAUUUUAAACAUUGGAACCCUAUCAAUCAAUCGAUCAAAUUCAACCAUCAACUGGACCUCUAACACACAACCAACACUCAACUAUUGUACGUAACCAACAUCGACAACAACCACCAAUAUUGGCGCCUAUCUGAUCUUGCAUGAAAUGAAAAACAAAACUUGAAAAAUCAAAAUCGCAAAUCGAGAAAUCCCUUUGCCGUGCAUUGUAAUAAUCAAGUGUUUGGUACGACCUCGUUUUCCCUGACGGUUGAAGGCAUGGGUCCCUAUCCGCUGAGCGAUAGCACCAAUCUCCUGGGCCCCGGAUCGAGCAGCUAUGGUCCGGGCGGAGUCCUCGGCCUGGCCGGAUCCGACCCCGGAUCGGGUGGUCAGUGCUACACGAACUACGGCACCAAUCUGCAAACGCCGCAGGCGGCGAGAAAGUGCCACUACGACGAGGUCGACGACUACAGUUUCCGCCGGCACUCGGCGCACGGAAGGAUGUCAUGUAGGUUGACCCAGCACCACCGCUAAUAAUAAGCCACCACAACCCAGCUAGUCAGCCACUGAGCCACUGAGUCACCUCGCUGCCACUCAGCCAAUCACGAAAGCAUUUACACGAAAAUGCCCAAACCAAGUGCACCCAGUCGAAUCUAAGCCAUCUAACUAUAUAUUAAAUAUAUAAAAGUAUAUAUCCAACUAGGCUAAGGCUCAAGCUGACGCUGAAACGAACCACCGACAGUUCGGAUCUGAUGAACGUAGCUUACAUUGUUUCCUUUCGUUCCUUUAUAGUACGCAAGUGAAGGGAAAACCACUGAUCUUGGGACCAACUAUAAAAAAAGACAAAAAAGGAGCGAACCGAUUGGCUAAGUAAUGAAAAGUCGCACCACUCUGUGAAAACAAACACCAUACGAACACCCAAAGUACACCCAAGUCACCCACUCGCUCAAAGAUCAGAAAGAAAAGUGCCUAUAAUGCGACUGAGAAUAAACACAUAUCAUUCAAACCUUCUGACCCUUUCAUUCAAAAUCAUUUAUUACUUAAAUGCCAGCCAUUUAACCCGUAAUCAUUAUUUCUAAUGCUUUCAAUAUAUUAGCUUAAAAAUCGAAUAGGCCAUAAUUUAAUUUAAUGCAGCUGCGGUCAAAGUUUUAGUUUUAGUUUUUGGUUGCAGUGGCGCCCGAACAGGGACUAGCCCACUUCUGUUACAAUUUAAUUGAUUACAACUAUUAUUGCCGCAGCCGCACAAAAAGGCCAAAUGAAAAUCAUUUGAGUAAAUUAAUUAAUCAAUCAAUCAGGCCAUCAAUCAACCACCAGCCCUUUCGACUCCAUCAUCGCCAUGUGAAGGAUGUGUUUUGUGCAUGAUGUGUUUGCAAGCGAUUGCAAGCGUUUUUAUCGCCUUUCCCCAAUUGCAUGCGUAUUAUUGGCAUGCACUUUUGCAUGCACUUUAUUAAUUAGCAGCAGUAGUGAAUGCAUCGCAGCUAAGAACGCCCGAAAAAGCCCGCCCAUAAAUUAAAUACUAACGAUGAACGAUGAACGCUGAGAAACCCACAAUUUGGCCCGCCGUAUUAAUUGCUUUUUCGUAUUCUCGACCUGUGUUUGUUUGUUUGUUCCCUCACCGCCUUUCGCUGGGCAGCU